AUGGACGGACAAUACGGCCCGCCCAUACCACCUUUGGGAGGUUUUUAUCCCAAUGGCUAUCCGCCGAUGAUGACAACUGAGCCUCUUCACCCUCCGCGAACGCUGCAACAAUUGCAAACUCUGUCGAUGGAGAGCCUUGGUACCUACUCCGACUACGACGACCCGAACCGCUCAAUGCCACCACCACAUGGCUUGCCGCAGCAACCACAACCGCCGCAACAAGCACAACAACAAGCGUCACAGCGAUCUCGACGUCGACAACCGACGGGCUCGGAUCAUGUAAAGCAUAGACGGACGAGGAGUGGCUGCUAUACCUGUCGACAACGACGAGUCAAGUGCGACGAAACACACCCUGUUUGCGACAGAUGUCGCAAGGGAAAGCGCGAGUGCACCUACCCGGGAACGACAGCAUCGACACCGAAGCCAUCCAGAAGCACCAGCAAGUCAAAAGGAUCACCAGAUGGCUCAAGUCUGUCGGAGAGUGAUAUUGAACCCGAUUCAGCAUUGCCGUUGUCGGCCAUUCCUGAUGACGAAGACGAAGAUGCAGCUGGUGAAGACGAUCCACAAGCCACGACUCCAGAGAGCCGCAAGCCAUCCGAAUCAUCUUCAAGUCUGAUAGACAAGAGCACGUCACCGUCAACAGAGGCUUCGGCAACGGCCAUGCGUUCUACGAGACCUCAGCCCGCUCGGACGAGUUCGAAGCAGUCGAUCAAAGCCGAGUACUCGCAGUCCGGACGAUGGGCAUCACUACCCAAGGACGUCAAGUAUUACCUCAAGUACCAUCGCGAGAACAUGUCGCAUCAUCACUACGCGUUCAAGUACGACGGGAGCGACUUCCUCCGGACGACAUUCGUGGAGAUUGCCCUGAACGACAGCAGUGCGGCUUUGCUGUACGCGAUUGUCGCCUUUGCUGCCUACCACCACUCCAUUGCACGCGACGACGACAAGAUAUCGAGCUUCCUCACCUUCUACAACAAGUCGAUAGCCUAUCUGCAGCAAUCGUUGAAGAACAAGAGGCAUAACGUUGCGACGCUUCUAACGAUCCUGACGCUCGCAACGGUCGAGGAGUUUCUCGGUGACUGGGUGAACCUGCUCGGCCAUCAAAGAGCGGCGUACCAGAUCUUGACCGACCUCUUCACGCCGCAGACGAUCAUGCAAGACGAGACGCGUCGACAGAUCAUCAACUGGUACAUUCGCUUCGAUCUGUUCGCCGGCAUCAUGUCUGGAGGCGAGACCAUCCUCGACAGAGCGUGGUUCGCAGCAGCAGCGGACUUCUACGAACGACAAACGAGAGACCGCCCGAAGGACCUGGGCGCUGUGCUUGAAAAGUACUUUGCAACGACACGGUUACUCGCAACCGACGUGACGCUCCUUUUCGCCGGGAAGAAGAAGAACACGAUCAGCGACGACGACUUCGUGGCUGGCAUACAAAGGCUUUCAGCGCAAUUCGCAGAGUUCGGCAACACCAUCGAAACAGCAUUCACGGAUCCUUCAUGCUUCGUCAAGGACUUCUCAGGGGCACCACCACCGAGCGACAAUGACCUAUUUGACUUUCGCGACCCCAACUUCCUCUACGCGGGAGAGUUGGCGCCGAUGAACUUUGUACUAACAGACCACUGGGCGGUGGAUCUAAUGUUUAAGUAUCAGACGAGCCUUGCUAUGGGACAGGCGCCCCCAGCAGAGCUGACGGAAAUCGCAAUGAAGAAGUGUAAAAUGUUUGAAGCCAUUCAGUACGGCGCAGAGGGCGGGUCUUCUGCUGUGCUUGGAUGCCAGGCGAGUCUGGGGAUCAUGGCAUUGUUCCUGCCUAAAGAGCCACGAUAUACGAUGUGGUGUCGACGCAAAUUCGUCGACAUCGAAAGGCUUGGCUACAUCUACCAAGCCUCCUACCGCAAACGAAUGACCGACAUCUGGGGCGAGGACAUGUCCCACUGGUGGCUGCCCAACGACGAAGGCUACCUGAGCACCAUUCGAACGGUCCGCGACUUCGUCGAGUACCGCGCAACGAAACCUCGAGAUCCUUGGGCCGUGGGCAUCCGCGACAUGAGUGGCAUCUUUCGAACGUUGAACAUUGAAGAGCAAGGCGUGUCUGAUGAUAUGAGAAGUGCUGGUACCGAUGGCAGUACUAGUCCCUAG